GCGUUUUUCCAAACACUGUUUAAUCAGGUGAGGACACCUGUCUGUGACUCUCGAGCCUCUGAAAGUCUUUCCCUGUGAAUUCUGUCUCGCCUCCUGCCGCGCACGCCGGUUCAGUUACUGGCAGAUUAGAUUUCUCUCCUGGCCCCCGACCCGCCCCUCCGCAUCUUCUGGAGAAGUGGGAAUAAAAGAUCAGCCCCAGGCGGGCGUGCAGCCGGGUGAGCGCAGCCCGUUGACCGGAGCGCGCGGGGCCAUCGCUGGGCACCCCUCCCUCUCCCCGCGCCGCCUCCAGCGCGAGUGACAACGCGCCCUCCAGGCUCGGGAGCGGCGGCGCCGAACAAUCCCAGGCCGGGCUCGCCUCGCCGGUGACAUCACUCCCGGAGAUACUCCCCACUCUAAGCGCCUGCCUUCGCGAGGCGUCCGUCCGUUUGUCGGUUUCCUUCCGUCCACUGCUGGAGAGGGGUCAUUGCCGGCCGGGGACAGAGCCCUGCACAGAGGAGCGACAGGACCCGGAGAAGGAGGGAGAGCCAAGGCAGCGGGGAAAGGAGGACCCCGGCAGGCGACAAGCAUGAAAUUCAUCCCAGCGCACUACUUGCUGCCUCUCCUGCCGGCGCUGGUCCUCAGCACCAGACAGGACUAUGAAGAGCUAGAGAAGCAACUGAAAGAAGUCUUUAAGGAGCGAAGCACCAUCCUCCGUCGGCUGACAAAGACAUCAAGAGAACUUGACGGAAUUAAAUUCAACCUUCAGACUUUGAAAAAUGAUGAGAAAUCUGCCAAAACUGAAGUUCAGAGGCUUCUGGAAAUAAGUCAGAAACAAAGAGAACAAAUGAAGUCUCUCCAGGAGGCCCUGGAAAAUCAGCUUAAAGAGACAUCUGAGAAAGCAGAAAAACAACAGGCUACUAUUGCUUUUUUAAAGACUGAAAUGGAAAGAAAGACCAAAAUGAUCCGAGAUCUCCAGAAUGAGAAUAAGAGCUUGAAAAACAAACUGUUGUCAGGAAGCAAGCUAUGUGGUAUGCAUGCAGAAGAGUCAAAAAAAAUCCAAGCCCAGCUGAAGGAGCUUCGUUAUGGGAAGAAGGAUUUAUUAUUUAAGGCCCAACAGCUCGCUGAUCUGGAACGGAAAUUAACUGUGGCCAAAAAUGAGCUGGAGAAAGCAGCUCUUGACCGGGAGUCACAGCUGAAAGCAAUGAAAGAGACCGUGCAGCUCUGCCUGUCAGCUGUUUUCCAUAAUCAGCCUCCUCCCCGUUUGAAUCUCUUCAAGCCAAACCCAACUCUGACGUCACUUCCACCCAGGCCAGUUGACACUAGGAUUGCAGAUGGAAGGCCAGAAAACACGCCUCAACAAAUCACUACUGAAAGUUACGAGGGCUCUCAAGUUGAGACUGCAAAGGAGGAAAAUCCGAAGAUCCUUGAGUGCAAUUCUCAAAUUCUUUUACAGGAGAACACGGCCUGUUCAAUGAAGCUGGAAGGAAAUCCCCCACCCCCAGGCAAUGACACUGCAGAAUCAGAACCUGUCCCACAGGACAUGGCAGUGCCUCCUUGUUCUGAAUGUGAAGAGGGAAAUAAGCCAGAAAAACAACGGAGCAGCACUGAGGGGAAGGCGACUAGAGAAAAAAAAUUACUGUAAAUACCAAGAAACUACGUUAAAAACAUCCGUUUGCUAUUGUCUUCAUACUCUUUUUAGACCACAAGCUUGAUGGAAAUACUAAGUUUUUAAAGCAUGCAACUUUUUCACAAUUUUAUGUAACUUUUUAAAGUAGUCUACAAAUUUUCCAAAAGAUUCCAGGCUGAUUAUGAUCCUUAAGCAAUAACCUAAUUAAAGUGGAUAUCCACAGUCAUAAAUAGUCAUUGUCAUCAGUAAAUUGCCCAGUAUAAAUUGGUCUUUUCUGAACUCAAAUGCAGUAUAGCAUUUAAUUCUUCCAGUUCAUUUGGGUAUCUAGUACUUCUGUGAUCUAGUUUUUGAAAUCAACUGAGGAUGAUAAAAGAUGGUGGCUCCUCAGCAUUCUUCGUAUCCAAAUUAAAACCACAUCAUGAAGAUGUUGGUCCACGCUGAUUAACUGGAGCCACUGUCCUCAGUGUUGGAAUCUGUGCUGACUCGAGCAUAUUGUUUAUUUGAGGGUGUUCAUUGCUGUUCUCAUUAUUAUUUAGACCCAUAUCUAAAUAAUGUCAAGGCAAUUCUGUCAGGGAUUUGGUCAGUUAACAGGAUUCACUGAAUGUGUUUUGUAUGAUGUAGACAACACGUCAAGGAUGGAGGACUAAACUUCUGACGCAGUUGCUUACAUGUUUUGGCAUUCUGUAGACACAGCCUCUGUGGUUAUCAGCUGGAAUUACUACAAGUUAGAAAUCAAGUUGUUUGAAAUGCUCAGUGUGAUAUUUGGUAUGAAAUUGAGUAACGGAAUGGGGGAUGGGAAGAGGGCUCCAAAAUACAAAUAUGCAAGCAGAUAAUACAUAUUUAAAAAUGAGGACUUGAUGAAAGUAAAACAGCCAUGUAGAAUCAAUGAACCCCAAUUUGUAUAUUUUGAAAACAAAUGUAUUAUUAAAACAAAUCAAUGGCUGUGAGAAUCUUUGAAGUUGGGACUUUACAUAGGAUCAAAUAAAUUCACUCUUGAAUAAUCUGAACAUAGCUCACAAGCAAGAGAAACUGACACUGAUUGAUAGGAUGGAUAUAGCAUCAAACUUACAAACUAAAAUUAAUAGUUAAAUGAUCCUGUUAGGUUGUCUACACCAAAUAUAUUCACUUCUGCUGGUUAGACCCAUUUUUCAGGGAGCAUAUAAAACCACUGGUUUUAUGGAAUGGAUCUGUCAAGUCACAAUAUAUUUGAAGCACAGUUACCUGACAAGCUGUGUUAUGUAUCUAUAUAAAAUGAAAUCUAUAAUCGAUAGAUGAACUUAAAUUCUGGGAUGUAAUGGCUCAACUUUGAUCACGAUGACAGACAAAGAAAUUUAGUGAUCUGGAGAAAUGCCAAACUAUCAUUAACAGUUAAAGUAAUAUCGUGAUUUGGUCACAUAGCGAUUGUACUUGCUGAGUAAUUCAGUGUCAUUUUAUCAGUAUUCUUCAGACUGCAGGCUACCUGAGAAAGAAAGAGAACCAGUUUUAUAGAUUAUUUAUAGAGUUUUCAGGUGAAAUGACCAGGACAGAAGAAAAGAUCAAGGUCUGAAGUUCCUGCUGACUCCUCCUCAGCUCUAAAACUCACUUAAUUCUAUGAGAUGAAAUAUCGCUAGCUUCCCAAGUCCUAUUUCCCUACUGAACCCAGAAACCCUAAGCAUCCCUAAAUGUUUAUGAAAGGUAAGCAGGUAAUUUAAAUUUAGGUUUACUUUCCAACCUCCACCUGUGGCUCCAACUUCCUUCCUAGAUUGUAUGGAUCCAAUGGAAAGUUAAUCACCAUUUUACCUUACAAAAUAUGUUUUGAGGACUCUUUGGAAAUAAUAAAAUGAGAAGAUGGUAUUUUCCAAAUUUUUUAGAGUAUAACAUGAUAAAAGAGAAUUUGUCUUAAUCAAAUUUGAACAGCUCCGUCUGUAAAUUAUUUCUUCUAUGCUCUAAAUUCCGAUUCUGUUAGAUGACAGUGUAAUCAAUUUGCUUCUCUUAAUUGUUGGCAUGAUCAAAUGGGCUUUGAAUGACUAUAAUAUAUAAUUUUUUUCUUCAAUGAUCAGUAGCAUUAUGCAUCCUGCAGAGUUUACUAUGAGAUAGUUGUCGCAUUUAUUUGUUUAAAAAUAAAAAGAAUUUGUAGUAGAAAAGCUUUACAAAUAUUUUUAAGAAAUAUUUUGGGUGUUCCUUUUAACUAUUCACCACAAAUUUUAUUUUAGUAUGUACUAUGACUUGACUUUAACAAAUGCAUUUUCAUUUCUCCCAAUCCUUUAAUUGCUUUAAAAUAGCAUCAGAGAGGUUUAUAUGCUUUACUUACAUGUGUGGCUUUUGUCCAUGAGUAAGGGGCCAUUUCUCAUUAUUUCUUUUAAUUAGCAUCUAUAUAAAUAAAUAGAUGUUGUUUUUUGAGGAGUUAACAUUCAUAGCCUAACUGUCCUCAUGUGGAAAAAUACACUAACCUAGAUAUUGAAUAUAAAUGGUACGAUUCUAUCGUGUUCUUGUAAUGGUAAGCAGUGAAGAAUUACAUACGCUUUGCAGAAUGUGAAUUGAUUACUACUGAGAAACAAACAUACUCUCCAUUGGAAUACCUUAUUUUAAUAUAGGUACUAUUAGAACUAACAAUUUACUUCUCUCUAGUUAUUUUGAAAUACUAAUCAAUGCUACAUACACAUUCUCAGUUGAGAAUUGGCUUUGGAUUUUGUAUUUCCUUUUAUAUGCAUUAACUGUGUAAAUUAAACUAGUGCCUAAAAUGUAUAAGAACUAAAUGAAAGCUGACUGUGUCUAUCCCAUGCCAACAUUCUCAGAUGAAAAGUGAAAAACUGGGUUUUGACACAUCUGGGUGUGGUUUUCUGUGUGAUCUCAAAUCUCUGAAUACUGAAUAUACUCCAUGGCUAACAUUUUUUUUCUUUUUCAUUCUUUAGUCAUAUAUUUAGCAUUGAAGUGCUAUUUGAAAGACAUUUCUGUUUCACAAAAUAUACUGGAUUAGAAGUCUAAGACAGUCAUUUGUGAAGGAGACAUUUACUGUUUUAGAUUGACAGUGUGGAUAGCUGGAUUAAAACAAUAUUUGUGAACUUUGCUCUAA